CCACAUCCUCAGUGCUACGUGGAUUCACCAACCGGAGGUCCUGCUUGCACACCGGGUGAUCAGUCAGGCUCCUGUGUAGGUACCCAGCCUGUCUGUCCUGUCCACUCACAGCAGCUGCAGUGUAGAGAGCGCUGCGUGCCUUAUGACUGCUGCUGCUGCUGCUGCUGCUGAUGCUGCUGCAGCUCCACAUUCAAGGCUACAACUCCAGCCUAAUUAAAAACCUCCCUCAGAAAACUCCUCCUGCCCUCUCCACCACCGCAAUGAAGGAAUUUAUCCGAUUGUUCUGAAGUCUCUCUGCUCACAGAAAAUGUGGACUCGGCUGACUUUUUCCCCGCGUUGAGUGAAGACCAGGGAUCCGGACCUGUCGAGUCUCAGCGGCAACUCCUGCAGCGUCCUCCUUAAAAACAACAUCACCUUAACUCUUUUUUAUUGAUUUUUUUUUUGUAAAUCUCAGACGGGACAGCGGCUGACUGCAGGCUGGGUAAAUGGAUAAUAACGCUGCAAAUUCGGAGAAAUCUCAGCUGAUACACGAGAAGAGUGCGAAAAUGUAUUCUCUCAAACUCCAAAGCUCCUUUCCAGAUUCCAAAGAGCAAUAUCCCGACUUCCCCUUUAAGAAUGGAGGCAUGGCCGGUGCCAUCGAGUUGAAGCGACCCGUCGGUGCCCACUGCCACGGUGCCAAAGCCGCGACGUGUGAGGAGAGCGGGGACAAGCUGCUGGCCAAGAAGAAACUCUACAUUGCUUCGGCCGUCUGCCUCGUCUUCAUGAUUGGCGAGGUCAUAGGAGGUUACCUGGCCCACAGUCUGGCCAUCAUGACUGAUGCAGCUCACCUCCUGACAGAUUUUGGCAGCAUGAUGGUGAGCCUGUUCUCGCUGUGGAUCUCCUCCAGACCGCCCACUAAAACCAUGAACUUUGGUUGGCACAGAUCAGAGAUCCUCGGGGCAUUCAUCUCAGUCAUUUCCAUCUGGAUCGUUACGGGAGCUCUGGUCUAUUUAGCCAUUGAGAGGAUCGUACGCAACGACUAUGAGAUUGAUGGCCAUGUAAUGUUAGUCACCUCCGGGUGUGCCGUCAUCGUCAAUAUAGUCAUGGCCUACAUCCUCCAUCACUCCACCACCUUCCACGCCCACGGCAGCGGUUAUCACCAGAUUGACGAGGGUGGCCAGAGUCCCAUCGCUCAUGGCCACUCCCACACGCUCCUCGGUGGCCAUGGCAACACGAGUGUCCGCGCAGCCUUCAUCCACGUGCUCGGAGACCUGCUGCAGAGCGUCGGCGUCAUGGUGGCUGCGACCAUCAUCUAUUUUCGGCCUGAGUAUAAAGUUGCAGAUCCCAUCUGUACGUUCCUGUUCUCUGUUUUCGUCCUCUGUACCACGGUCACCAUCCUUAGAGAUGUCUUUAGGAUACUCAUGGAAGGCUCUCCUAAAGGAAUAGAGUUUAACUCGGUGAAGGAGGUGCUGAUGUCUGUGAAGGCUGUGAAGUCUAUGCACAGUCUGCAUCUCUGGGCUCUGACUCUGGGCCAGGCACUGGUCUCCGUUCACCUGGCCAUAGAGGAGGGUGCUGAUGCUCAGUCUGUGCUGCAGGAAGCCACUGAUCUGCUCCACACCAAGUUUGGUUUCCACAGCAUCACCAUCCAGGUGGAGCUCUACUCUGAGGACAUGAGCCACUGCUCCCACUGCCAAGAUCCCAGUGACUGAUACUGAUAGACUGGAACCCAACAGGAACAUGGAACGGCUCAGGCAUUAUUUUUCAUUCUCUGUGGGUGAGCUGGAACAGUGACAGCUGCAUUCACCGAUGCAGCUUCCUGUUAAAGGAGUAGAAAGAGUUUUUGGUAGAUUUGUUGUGUUCGCCAUUAAGUCACAAGACAGCGAAAUCAUCCAUGUGUUGGUAGUAGAGUGCUGAUGCUGGAGCUCCAUGCUAACAUGGAACUAAGUCCUCCCAUAAAGACCUUCAUUAAAAAAUAGGGGGGCUGUAGGGUACUCCAGUCCUCAAGUUUGCAUGGAGCUUUAACAAAAUACAAGGACAAUUUCACAAGAAUGAAAGAAAGCCCUGACGAAGACAGUUUGUCCUAAAAAAUAUGCAACAGAACCAUAAAACCUCCUCCACAAGAUUGUAUGACAGCACAAUUACUGCUUAUUGAUGGAAAAAUAAUCUAUAACAGCAGAAUUUGUUCACCAGACUUGCUAGCUCAUUGCUAGUUUACGGUAGUUGCAAAUAAGUUACGAACCUUUUUACAAAGUCAACUGAGAAAAAGCAUUUUCAUUGUGCUUGAAUGUGUUCAAGUUUGGCUGUGAAAGACGUUCUAGGCAAUAAGCUGUCAUAAAGUUUACAUUAAUAUGAACAUGACCUGUACGAGCAGCAGGGAUCCAUCUUGACAAAAGUAGGAAUACGAGUUAGCAUGGGACGCAAGGACUCUUGGACGAUUGUAGGCCAUGAACACUAGCACACAGUAUUAGUUAUUCAAGAUUGUCUAUUUGAUGUCUAACCUUUAAAAAUUGAAAUAUUAAAAGUCUAUUUAAGAAAAGCAGCACAGUUUAUAUUUAUGCAACUAUUUGAGGAGAAAACUGUUUUUCCUUCUCCACUCUCUCCCAGUGUGUGAUGCUUUAUGAAAUUAGCUGCUGCUGGUUGAAAACACUGCCUGAUUUUUAGUACUUCACGUAAAUUAAAGAAAACUGCCAGACACAGGGCUAUACAAGAACUUUACUACUUAUUUUCUACUGUAACAAAACCAAAACCUCCCUGAAGAUGUUACUUAUACACAAUAAUAAUGCAAAAUCCUAAUAUAUUAGCAUGGAGCAUACAAUCAGUGCUGGCUGUUAGCAUGGAGCACCUUAAGUCUUGUUCUACCAGAGACACAUGGAUGACUUUAACGUCUAACGUUACCAAACAGCCCGUCUACCGGACACUCACUCUACAGCUCACUGCCAUCUUUGUUCCAUUAAUCUGCUUUUCACUUAAGGUCAGACAUGUAUGAGUGCUGCUAGCUGGUCACGAUUGACAUUUUUCAAGGUUUUUUUUUGCCAAAAACUUUAUUUCUUGACAUAACUGAUCGAAGACUUCAUGGUUAUUUGUCAAUUUGUCUUUUAAGAAAGCAUUAAUAAUACCUCUCUAAAAAUAUUAAUUUUGAACAUACUGUUGGUUGAUGCCUUAGCAAAAUCACAGACUGAGGGUGUAAGAACUUAAAUCUGAGGAUUGGUCAAUGUCUUGAUAAGGAAAUUAUGGUGAGGGUGAAGUAUAGGAUGAUUAACCAUCUAAAGUCACCUUUUAAUCCAUGAACAGUGCUAUUUUUGCUUCCAAGUGAAACUGACAAGGGGUUUCUGGUUCAAACCCAGGGUGGGGGGUUCAAACCCGGGUUGGGGGAACCCUUCUGUGCGGGGUUCUUGUGUUCUCUGUGUCCGCGUGGAUUUUCUCCAGGUACUCCAGCUUCCUCCCACAGUCCAGACAUGCAGGUCAGGUAAACUGGUGACUCUAAAUCGGCCGUAGGUGUGAAUGUGAGUGUGAAUGGUUGUCUGUCUCUAUGAGUCAGCUCUGUGAUAAUGUGGCGACCUGUCCAGGGUGUACCCCGCCUCCCACCAAGCCAAGAUAUUCAUCAUGUUAUGGACAUGCAAACAUUUUAAUUUGGAGGCAAAUUGUAAAGCGUUUUGUCCAUUAAUGGCCGACUCUAAUUUUUAACCUGGACCUUUUUUUUGUGUCUAAGAGACACCAUUUUUGAAAUUGGUCCACUGUUGAGAAUGAUCACUGCUGCAACGUAAUCCCUAUGGGCAAUUGUAUACCUUGAAUGUAUGUCCACUUAAAGUGCUUAUGUUUGCCACUGACAGAUUAUUAUAACUAUCUGACAAUUUUAUGGAAGAGACCCUACAGAGUUAAGAAACAUUUUUCCUUACCCUUUGCUGAUCCGGUCUGGUUUUUGUUGUGUGUGUAACCAAGUUUCUCUCAAAGAGAAGUCUUGUUCUGAAAUCUGGUGGGCUUUUCCUACAUAUUCAGCCAUGACAUCGAAAAUCUUUCAAGCAUGCUUUCAGUUGCAUAAUUGCUUUGAGAAAGCUGCUCUUGAUUAGUCAGAAUUUCCAUGCAGGAAAAAUCCAGGAAGUAAACAAAACUUUGAGGAAGAGUACACCUGCAAGAUAAAUGUGACACUUUCUAAUGUUAUAAUGGAAGGAUAAGUACAUGGGUUGAUUUUGGCACUGGUCAUCGUGGACUUUAUUGCUGUCAUUGUUCAUUUUGGGCAAACCAUACAGUUUGUAAACGAGGCGCGGCUCCAACUAGAAAACAAUGAUUUGAUGCAUUAGAAACGCCGAUUAUUAUGGCAGCAUGGGAGGAGGUGCACAUUAAUAAUCCUCUGGGACAGGCUAAUGCUUCUUUAACCCAAACAAUGCGUAAUGCCACUGAAGUUGGUUCGGAUCAAGGUUGUAACACGUUCUCACCACCUUGACCACCUCUUCCAGAAAGACAGAGACCAGCUCUUUAAGAAAGUCUCGGUCAGGUUGUUUUGGUGCGCAUGUGAGUGCAAUUGCUGUGUUCAUACCUGUCCAAACAAACUGCACUUAAGGGGCAAAGGAGAUUGAGUUCGACUGAACCGAACCAAAAAGGGCAGGUGUGAAAGCACCCUAAAUAAUAUAAAGCUGUGCUUUCAGUACUCCAACAGAAUGAACUGUCCCGCCUCUCUCCCUCUCCCCAGCUCUCGGUAACAUUUCCACUGUUGUUUUUCCUGCAACAAGUCACCUCUUCUGAGAUUUCAGAGCAAGGCUUAUCCCUGAGUGAAACUUUGUCACAAUAAUAAUCAGAGCAGCGAAAGAAAGAUAUAUGUUUAUGUACUCUCUAGGGUCUUCUCCAUUAUGUUGUCAGAUGUAAAGAGAGACUGUUCCUCUCAGUACUGGACCAGUUUCAAAAAAUGUUGUCUCCAUUAGUUACUAAGACACAAAAACAGGGCCCAGAUUGAAAAAUUCCAAAGUGUCCCUAUAAGGUAGAGAAAAGAUAUUGAAGUGUAGUUAGUUUCCUAUUUCACUGCGAGUCCUGGUCUGCAUCCCUCACACCGGUCCUAAAAGCCACAGUAUCCUUACCUAAACUGUUCUACUACUCCCUUUAAACAUUAUACUACACUGUACCUCAUCAUACCAUGUUGGCUACAUGUGUCCCUCCUGUCUUAUACCUAAUAAUUUCAGCUAAAUGUUGAUUUCACCAACAUCUCUACUGUAUUGAACUUUGCUUCAUUUGAUCACAUCAUAAGGAGUCUCUAUGCCAGAGGGGAAGGAAAAGUAAAUUCUUUUAGAUUAGUGAGCAUGUUUUUCAGGAAAAUUCAAUGGAACUAUAAAGACUGGUUGAGAUGUUUCUUAAGACACCAAUAGCCUCAAACCUAAACUCAUCAAGGGCUAUUUUUGGUGGUAGUUCUUUUGGCAAUUUUGUUGUGUUGCAGCCAUUUUCCGUUUCACUUGAUCAGAGUCAGUACCCUCAGUUCUGUCUUUAGCGUGCAUCUUUGUGAGAUGGGUUUGUCUAAGAGUUGGCACUGUAUUGAUAAGUGUCAGACUGAAAAAGCAUUCAGCUACUUUCAGUCCGAGCAGACACUCAGGUCUGAGGGCAAAAAUGAUUUAGUUCUUCAGCUAGACGAUUAGUUUCAGCUUCACGCCGGCGUCAUCCAUCUCAUCUAUCUCUCAUUCCUGCUGUAGCUUCAGCGUUACUCAUCCAUCUACUACUCCACUUCUCUCUGUUCCACCAGCUUUCAUCUGUCUAGCUGUCCGCCCAUCCAUCCAUCUGUGUUAUUCAAGUCAGAGGCCCUGGAGUAGACUGGAUAUUCAAAGUCCCAAAAGGUAACAGGAGCUUACAGCAGACUUCAUGAGCGCUCAACACUUUCAAAACUAGAAUUACCAUCUUGUAGUUGUAUACCUCUGCGAACCACUUAAGUUGUAGUUAUAGUUUACAUCCAUGUCUGUCUAGACUCAUAUGUUGCAAUGACAGUUGACAGUGCUUGCAAAUAUAGAUGAUGCUGUAAAUAAGCUACAAAUUCUAAAACAAAUUCUAAAGCUUCACACACAUCUUCAACCCUGCAGCACAGAAGAUUUAUACGGUCAGCAGUUUCAAGGUGGACACCUAAGAUUAGUGUCACCAAUUUAGUAUCAGACCAAAUAAUGUCCAGAUAAGUAUUUUAUGCAUAAUAUUAUGAUGUCGCAGUGAAGUUGACCUUUGACGUUUUCGAUAUAAAAUGUUAACACUUCAUCAUUUUAUCCUAUUAGACACUGGUGUGAAAUUUGUCACAACAAGCGUAUGAAUUCUUGAGUUAUGGCCAAAAACACACACGUUUUGCGAGGUCACAGUGACCUUGAGCUUUGACUACCAAAAUCUAACCAGUUCAUCAUUGAGUCUGAGUGGACAUUUGUGCCAAAUUUGAGGAAAUUUCAUCAAGGUAUUCUUGAGAUACUACGUUCAUGAGAAUGAGAUGGACAAGGUCACAGUGAUCUUGAUCUUUGACUACCAAAAUCUAUUCAAUUCAUUGUUGAGUCUAAGUGAACACUUGUGCCAAAUUUGAAGAAAUUCCCUCAAGGUGUUCAUGAGAUAUCGUGCUCACGAGAAUGGGAUGGAUGAGGCCACACUGACCUCGACCUUUGAUCACCAAAAUCUAAUCAGUUCAUUCUUGAGUCCAAAUGGACGUUUGUGUCAAAUUUGAAGAAAUUCCCUCAGAUGUUUAUGCCGAAUUUGAGGAAAUUUCCUUAAGGUGUUCUUGAGAUAUUACGUUCAUGAGAAUGAGAUGGACGAGGUCGCAGUGACCUUGACCUUUGACCACUAAAAUCUUAUCAGUUCAUUGUUGAGUCUAAGAGAACAUUUGUGCCAAAUUUGAAGGAAUGCCUUUGAGGUGUUCACGAGAUAUCACAUUCACGGAGAAUGGGAUGGAUGAGACUGACUUCCAAAAUCUAACCAGUUCAUUCUUGAGUCCAAAUGGACGUUUGUGCCAAAUUUGAAGAAAAUUCCUCAAGGCGUUUUUGAAAUGUCAUGUUCACGAAAAUAGGACAGACGAACAACCCAAAAACAUAAUACUUUAGGCCAUGGCUGUUGCCGGCGUGGAGACAUAAUAAAAAUAUCAACCCAUUUUUAGUACACAUCAGUGUUUAUAGGGUGUACACCUCAGCUGAUGGUUUACCUUUAUUCAAACUAAGGUACUGGAAUGACACCUCAACUUCAUCUUAUAUAAAUUUUUUACAUUAUAAUCCCCAUUUUAACACUUUGCUUACACUAUAUUUUCCCACCUUUAUUUCUUCUCUAUCAUUGCAACUCUUCAUACCCCUUCAUACAAAGCCAGCAAUGCAGUGUAGCUUCCAGCCAUUUAUCAAUCAAUGUUAUUUAGCUCCCGGCAAUACAUGAAGCAUCAGAGCUCAGCUUCCAGCCUUUCAAACGGUGCAGCUUAGCUCCAUGCAUCACUGAAGCUCAGCAUCGGCUUUUCAGCAGCCAACAAUUAUGCAGUUCCUUUAGACAUUACAUUCUCUAGUGAGCUUUGUUGUUGGCAAAACUGAGCAAACGUCCGGAAGGAGGCAUUAGAGGAAAGCUUAUGUUAUGAACAAAAAAUAGUUCAUCCCCUGGGAAGCUGAAUUGUGCAAAGUAAAUAGUGGUCUGCCCUUAAGAUUUGAUUUCAAUUACAUUUGGGGCUGAUGGUGGUGCUAGGGGGCACGAUCAUGUUAUCAUUAACAUCAUUAGAAUUUCCAGGGACCACAAACAUCAGCCAGUUUUGGUCUGUAAUGGUUAAUACUUUGAACUUGAGUGAAGAGUAUACAUUUUAUUAGUCAUAAGUAAAGCCAACAAGCCAGUUGUCAUGCCUGUAAUGUUUCGCAGCUCCUAUAAAAGCGUUGAUGUUGUUAGUCGCUAAAGACAGGACAAUUGUACAUUGUAAACGCCUAGUUGACACCCAUUCUGAUCCAAAUACUUGCAUGGUUGUUAGCUGUUAUUCAAUAUCAUGUACAGUAAGAAGUUUCUUGUUCAACUGCCAAUCAAAAUACAUCGAUAUGCCAUGCGGAGGAUAAAUCAAAGAAAAGAUAUCUUCUUGAAAAAUUCUAUAUUUUCACCAGUUUUUAAGGAGAUCCUGUAUAUUUAAAGACAUUUUUUUUCCUUUUGAAAUAAUGAAAAAAUGAGAAUAUAUAUGGACCCAACAGCUAAGUUUAAACAAAGUGAAUGUAAUGACGACCAAUGCAUUUUACUGUACUAGUUUUGAUAUACAUGCAUCCAUACUGAAGUUCUCCCCUACAGGUGUUAAACUGGAGCCAAAGUUUGUCAGUACGGUUAAUUUAAUUCCAGAAAACACAGUUCCUGUCUGUUCACUAUGAAAGUCUAAUGUUUGAGAAUGCUCUGUAUUGUGCCGUUGCUGUCCGUGACAAUUAUUCUCUGUGUGACUGCUGUAAAUAUGUCAAAUAUUGUGUAUUUUCUGUGUAUGAUUUUGUGUAUACAUGUGUAAAUACAUUUAUCUCCCUUGUACAAUCGGUCCUAUUUGUCUAAGUGUUAUGGUGAUAUUGCAUAAAUCCACAUGUCACAUCUGUGAUGUUUGAUAUUUCAUUUUUACGUGUGGCAAAAGUUUUUUGUAAAGUGAAA